AUGCGACAACUCAAUGCCGACAAAAAUUCAACAAUCAGCAAGGAAGGAGGAUUCCGACGAAUCGCAAUACACGAGAAAGAGAUCCACAACACAACCGCAACUGCCGCAAAUGCUAAGCACUAUACCUUCUGCAGGAAGGACAGUGUCGCAUCCAACUUCCGCGUGGUAGGGUUGUGGCGGAAUCCUGCCCUGCUCAACGGCUAG